GUGUGAGCGCAGCCUCAGAACUCGCCUUCAUAAAGGAACCCAAUGACGUCAUCGCGGUGAGAGAUCGCCCGCUAAUGCUGGACUGUCAGGUGGAGGGGGAGGGGCCUAUCUCAAUCACCUGGAGGAGGAACGGCGUCCCCGUUGAGACCGGACGCAGAGCCGCCGUGCUGGCCAACGGAACGUUGCUCAUCCGGAACUUCUCCAAGAGACGCGAGAGCAACGAGACUGACGCGGGCGAAUACGACUGCGCCGCACAGAACCGUUACGGCAUGUUGAUUAGCCGCAAGGCUCGAGUCCAGCUAGCAUCUCUGCCCAAGUUCCUGUCCCACCCGCAGUCCGUGACUGUAGACGAAGGGGGCGUGGCCAGACUCACCUGUCAGGUAAACGGGAUCCCUGAGGCCAACAUCACCUGGCAACGAGACCGACGCCCACUGACCACGGACGACCCCAG